ACCUUGCUGAAGGCUGCAGCCAUGGACUCCACCGGAUCCCCGCCUCUCACCGGGCAAAAAUUCCGCUAUGGGGAGAGGAUCGGCUUCGGGAACAUGGCGCACUCACUCUGGAUUAACUUUCACUGAGGAAAACUUCGUAGGGUCGCUACAUAGCACACAGCUGGCCUUGUCCGAAGUGUAUUGAUAAAUUUCACCGCUAGAAAAGCGACUGCAGACUUGUGGGCUUGUUUUGGAAGCUGGCGGAGUGUUUUCCUGCCCUGCCUCACUGCUUCUGCUGCUGCGGGAUGAAAGUUUGCAGCCGGAUUUAGCAGAGAUGGAAAAGCACAGAACGAGGAAAGAGAAGUUCUCUCUGUUCGGCUAUCGCUCCACCAGCAAGACCACCAGCCCUCCCUCUUCAUCCUCCUCUUCCUCUUCUCCCAUCAUCCCUUCAGCCCCAGUGGUGAAGAGGGCAGACCGACUGUCCGGCUCUGGCCCCCUGGCCCUGAGCAAAGCCGACUUCCUGGAGCGUGUCCGCCGUAGUAACCAGGCCUGCCAGCAGGGAGAGUUCGGUCUGGCUGUUCGUCUGUACAGUGAGGCCCUGACCGCCGACCCACAGAACUGUAUCCUGUACAGCAACCGCUCCGCAGCCUAUCUCCGCCUGGGCCAGUACAGCACUGCUCUGGACGAUGCAAUCAAAGCACGCCUCAUCAACCCCAAAUGGCCCAAGGCUUACUUUCGUCAGGGGGUUGCCCUGCAGUACUUGGGUCGUCAUGCCGAUGCCCUGGCAGCGUUUGCCUCUGGCCUCGCCCAGGACCCCAAGAGUCUCCAGCUGCUCGUCGGCAUGGUGGAGGCUGCCAUGAAAUCACCCCUCAGAGACUCACUUGAACCCACCUACCAGCAGCUGCAGAAGAUGAAGCUGGACAAGAGCCCAUUUGUGGUUGUCUCUGUUAUCGGCCAGGAGCUGUUGACUCAUGGCUUCCAUGGAGCCUCGGUUGUGGUGCUUGAGGCGGGGCUCAAAAUUGGCACGUGCUCAUUAAAGCUGCGAGGAUCUGUUUUCUCUGCAUUGAGCUCUGCGUACUGGUCUUUAGGCAACGUGGAGAAGAGCAUGGCCUACAUGCAGCAGGACCUUGAGGUCACCAAGACUUUAGGUGACCAAUCAGGUGAAUGCCGUGCUCAUGGGAACCUUGGCUCUGCACUCUUCUCCAAAAGCAACUACAGAGAAGCGCUGGCUAAUCACAGAAACCAGUUGGUGCUGGCCAUGAAGCUAAAGGACAGAGAAGCAGCGUCUGACGCUCUCAGCAGUCUGGGCCAUGUAUACACAGCUAUCGGUGACUACCCCAACGCACUGGCCAGCCAUAAACAGUGUGUGCUGCUGGCGCGACAAACUCAGUGCCAGCUCUCCGAGGCUCGCCAGCUGGGCAAUAUGGGCGCCGUGUACACAGCUCUGGGAGAUUUCACCAACGCUGUCCAGUGCCACGAGCAGCACCUGGACAUUGCAAAGACUUUGGAGAACCGGCGUGAGGAGGCGCGAGCAUACAGCAACCUGGGCAGUGCCUACCACUCUCAACGGGACUUUGACAAGGCCAUAUCGUACCACUCAAAAGUGCUGGAGCUGGCACAGGAGCAGGCCGACAGGGCCAUUGAGAUGAGGGCAUAUGCUGGUCUGGGGCACGCUGCCAGAUGCAUGCAGGACCUGGAGAGGGCACGUCAGUACCACCAGAACCAGCUAGAAAUUGCUCAGGAGCUGCAGGACAGAGCAGCACAGGGCCGAGCCUCUUCCAACCUGGGCAUCAUACACCAGAUGAAGGGUGAGUAUGAAAAAGCCCUGAAGCUCCACAAAGCCCACCUGUCCUUUGCCCAGGACCUCGGUGACUAUGCUGCCCAGGGACGAGCCUACGGUAACAUGGGAAAUGCCUAUCAUGCACUGGGCGUCUAUGACCAAGCAGUUAGAUAUCACCGGCAAGAACUGCAGAUCUCUCUGGAGGUGAAUGAUCGUCCAUCACAGGCCUCCACACAUGGGAACCUGGCUGUGGCCUACCAGGCUCUGGGUGCUCAUGAUCGGGCUCUCCAGCACUACCUUCACCAUCUGACCAUUGCCCGGGAGCUGCAGGACACUCAGAGUGAAGCAAGAGCCCUAGCAAACUUGGGUAAUUUCCACAGCUGGAGGGGAGAAUAUGCUCAGGCAUUGCCUUACUACCAGCAGUACCUGACUUUGGCUCCAGGUCUGCAGGACUUGGAGGGAGAAGGCAAAGUUUGCCACAACCUCGGCUAUGCUCACUACUGCCUCGGACAGUACAGAGACGCUGUCAGGUAUUAUGAGCAGGAUCUGGCCUUGGCGAAGGACCUCCAAGACAAACUAGCACAGGCAAAAGCCUACUGUAACCUUGGUCUGGCCCACAAAGCACUGGGGGAGAACAGCAAGGCAGAGGAGUGUCAGAGAUACCUUCUCUCUCUAGCACAGACCUUGGAUAACACACAGGCAGUUUUCAGGGCUUUCGGAAACCUCGGUGAUGUGUGUGUGUGUCGUGGAGAUCUUCCAGGAGCUGUGAAGUUCUACCAGCAGCAGCUAACUCUUGCACAGAAAGUCAGCGAUCAGAAGAUGGAAGCUGAUGCCUACUCAGCUCUUGGAUCAGUUCACAGGCUGCUCCGCCAGCUGGAUACAGCCUUGUCCUUCCACAGCCAGGAGCUGACCGUCAGAAAAGAUCUGUGUGAUCAGCAGGGGGAGUGUCGCACCCUUGGUCACCUGGCAGCGGUGCACAUGGCCCUGGGAGACUACGCCACAACCUUCCAGUGUUACGAGACCCAGCUGGGCCUGGCACAGGGGCUCAGGGACGCCCGCCUGGAGGCCCAGGUCCACGGAAACAUGGGCAUCACUAAAAUGAACAUGGGGGUGUUUGAAGAAGCUAUCGGCUAUUUUGAGCAGCAGCUGGCCAUGCUGCAGCAGCUGAGUGGAACUGAGAGUAUGCUGGACAGAGGCAGGGCCUAUGGGAACCUGGCUGACUGCUAUGACGCUCUGGGAGACUAUGAGGAGGCAAUCCAGUACUAUGAGAAGUACCUGACAGUGGCUCAGAGUCUCAACCAUGUCCAAGACCAAGAGAAAGCCUACAGAGGACUUGGCAAUGCACACAGGUCCUUGGGGAGUCUCCAGCAGGCACUGGUGUGCUUUGAGAAGCGGUUGGUGGUGGCACAUGAGCUCGGUGGUGAAGGAGGGGGCAAGGCUCAGGCCUAUGGGGAACUGGGAACCCUGCACAGCCAGCUUGGCAACUACGAGCAGGCCCUGUCCUGCCUGGAGCACCAGCUCAACAUCGCACAUACCGCAGGGGAUAAAUCCCUGGAAGCAGAGGCGAGCGACACACUCGGAGGCAUUUAUCAGCUGAUGGCAGACAACGAGACGGCUUUACAGUGGCACCAAAGGGCGCUGGAUAUUGCAGAGCAAACCGGCUGUGUGAGGAGCCAGGGUCGCGCCUAUGGCAACCUGGGUCUGACAUUCGAAGCUCUGGGAAACUAUGAGCGGGCCGUGGUCUUCCAGGAGCAGCACCUGAGCGUGGCAGCACAGACCAACGAUCUGAUAGCUAAAACUCUGGCCUACAGCAGCCUGGGCAGGAUACACCACGCACUGCAAAACUAUGCUCAGGCUGUCAUGUACCUGCAGGAAGGUCUGCGUCUGGCAGAGCAGUUAGGUCGGAGAGAAGAUGAAGCGAAGAUACGCCAUCGACUGGGUCUUUCUCUGUGGGCUGGUGGAAACCUGGAAGAGGCCCAACACCAGUUGUACAGAGCAUCUGUGCUAUUUGAGGCCAUUCGUCAUGAGACGCAGCACAGCACAGAUUACAAGCUCUCCCUGUUUGAUCUCCAGACCAGCUCAUACCAGGCUCUCCAGAGAGUCCUUGUCAGCCUAGGCCGGCAUGAUGAGGCUCUGGCCAUCGCUGAACGAGGCCGAACACGUGCCUUUGCUGACCUUCUGGUUGAACGCCAGAGAGGAAAUCAACAAACAGCGAGCACUGACCCUUACAUCCCGGUCACUGUGGAGCACAUCCUGGAGACGGUCAACGGUCAGAGGGCCAUGGUACUCUACUAUUCGCUAGCAGGAGGCUUUCUGUACAGCUGGCUGAUGUCUCCAGGAGCAGGUAUCGUAAAGUUUAAUGAGGUGUAUCUUGGAGAGGCUGGACUGGAGGCGACAGAGUUCCAGGAUGGUGGUGGGAGCCCACAGGGAGGAGGAGGAGGUCCUCUGUCUCUGGAGCAGUACAUCUCCAACGCUAGAGAGGCUCUGGGUGUGGACAGCCAUUAUAGCAGAGUUUGCUCCAGCAGUGAGACGGAGAGUGAAGCAGGAGAUUUAUUGGAGCAACAGUUUGAGGAGCUGAAUAACAAAAUCACCUCUGCCACAGACCCCACAGGCUAUCUCCGCAUGGUGUCCAGAAACAACCUCUUUAACAGAAGCUGUCAGAGCAUGACAAGCCUGUACAGCACCACAGUAUCUCCAGUAAAGGACAGUUUAUUAUCUCCUCCUUGCCGUCCAAGUAACAUCAGCAAACCUCCUCUGCGUGCCCUCUAUGACUUACUCAUCGCUCCAAUGGAAGGGGGCCUGAUGCACAGUAGUGGUCCUGUAGGCCGACACAGACAGCUAGUAUUAGUUCUGGAAGGAGAACUGUACCUGAUUCCAUUUGCCUUGCUGAAAGGCAGCUCCUCUAAUGAGUACCUGUAUGAGAGGUUCACUCUCAUCUCUGUUCCUUCGUUAGCCAGCCUGGGAGCCACAAUCAAGCCUCAUCCUCGCCGCAGUGGCCCUUCGUUCUGCCCAGAUGGAGGCUCAGUGGCUGCUGUGGUUGGGGCCCCUCGCCUGCCCCCCAGCGUCAUGGACCGCUGGCUGUGGGGGCCCCUACCAUCAGCCCAGGAUGAAGCUCUUUGGCUGGGAGAGCAGCUGGGAUGUCACCCCCUAACUGGAGCGAAAGCUACAAAAGAGCGAGUUUUAGCAGCUCUGACUCAGGCAGAGUGUGUUCACUUUGCAACUCAUAUAUCAUGGAAGCUCGCUGCUCUGGUCCUCGCUCCUGGCCAGGAGCAUGGCGGAGGGGAGCUGACAGGCGGCCGACCCAAAGAGAAAUCACCGUGCGGAGCGCCGGAUGAAGCUAUGGAUCGGGAUGGGAAGGUUAAGGGAUUGUUUUCGAAAAGUCACAGCAGCCCAGAAAGACUCCGAACAGCAGAUGAACGGAGUGAUGAUGGGGAAAGUGUGUGUGACGUGGAGAGUGUGUGUGACAGUCCAGCACUUCACGACUUUCUCCUCACUGCUGCUGAUAUACUGGACCUCUGUCUGGCCGUCAAACUGGUGGUUCUCAGGUUGUACCCGGAGUCCAACAACAGGGUGACUGCUGAUGGGGUGGUGGGACUGACUCGAGCCUUCCUGGCUGCAGGGGUGCAGUGUGUGUGCAUCUCUCUGUGGCCUGUACCAAUAGCUGCCUCCAAACUGUUCACACACACCUUCUACACAGCGCUGCUCAAUGGGACCAAAGCCAGUGCAGCUCUGACCGAGGCCAUGAAGACGCUGCAGAGCAGCAAGCACUUCUCUCACCCUUCUAACUGGGCGGGUUACAUGCUGAUCGGGAAUGAUGUGAAGCUGAACAGUCCCAUGUCUCUGGUUGGACAAGCGCUGGCAGAGAUCCUGCAGUACCCAGAGAGGGCCAGGGACGCCCUGAGAGUGCUGCUGCACCUGGUUGAGAAAUCUCUGCAGCGCAUUCAGAGUGGCCAGUGUAACCCGAUGUACACAUCGCAGCAGAGCGUAGAGAACAAGGUCGGCGGGGUGCCUGGGUGGCAGGCCCUCCUGUCUGCUGUGGGUUUCCGGUUGGACUUCUCCGGUAGCGGUGCUGGACUCCCUGCGGCAGUUUUCUUCCCCACAUCAGACCCUGGGGAUCGGCUACAACAGUGCAGCACCACCCUGCAGUCACUGCUCGGUCUGACUCCUCCGGCGCUGCAGGCUCUCUGCAAACUGGUCACAGCGUCUGAGGCCGGAGAGCAGCUCAUUCAUAAGGCGGUUAAAAGCAUGGUGGGAAUGCUUCACCAAGUGCUGGUGCAGUUGCAGUCAGGUGACAAAGAACAGGACUUUCCACUGGCUCCCAUUCAAGUGUCAAUAAGUGUGCAGCUCUGGAGGCUCCCAGGCUGCCAUGAGUUCCUGGCUGCCCUCGGUUUUGAUCUUUGUGAAGUCGGUCAGGAGGAGGUGGUGCUGAAGACAGGAAAACAGGCCAGCAGACGCACCAUGCAUUUCGCCCUUCAGUCUCUUCUUGCACUGUUUGACUCCACAGAGCUUCCCAAGCGUCUGAGCAUGGACAGCUCCUCCUCCUUGGAGUCUCUGUCCUCUUCUCAGUCAGCCUCCCAGCCGCACUCUUUACCCCUCUCCUUUAGCUGCUACCCCCCUCAGCCCUCCUUCUUACCCCCCGUCUGCCCGGACAACCUCUCCUGCGACGCCAUCUCUGUCUACAGCCUCAGCUCCCUUGCCUCCUCUCUCAGCUUCCUGUCUCGACCUGAGCCUGCCGGCAGCGACAUCAUCAGCCAACGUUCACACCAGCAGGAGCCGGAGAGAGCUCGAGGAGGAGGCAGUCUCUACACCUCACAGCGCCACACAGGCGGCUUGUCGAGAGGCCGAUUGACCAAUCAAGGAGGGGGAUUGGCAGGAGAGGGAGAGGACGAGGAGUAUGAGGGCUUCUCCAUUAUCAGCAGUGAGCCAUUGGGGCGAGGAGGGAGGGAGUGUGACACUCUGCCGCUGCCCACAGGACACCGACACGGCAGGAGUGGUGCUGGGAGAGGAGCUGCUGGGAGUCAUGGAUAUCCUCUUACUGUUUCUUCCAAGGGAAGCAUCAGUACACCUACAUCUCCUAUCAAAGCUCCGUCACUGCCACUGACAGCUCCUGCCAGCCCCAAAAUAAAGUCAGAAAUCUCAUCUCCUCAGCGGACUGGGAAGGGAAAGGUUAGCAGCUCUGAGUCGGACCAGUCGAGCACUGAGACAGACAGCACAGUGAAAUCCCAAGAGGAGAGGACGGGACCCGCGGGACAAAUGGAUCCCCAGGAACUGGCCCAGAAGAUCCUGGAGGAAACCCAGAGCCACAUGCAUGCUGUGGAGAGCCUGCAGAAAGCAAACAUCAGAGCAAAGACUCUGCGGGGAGCUGAAGAGAGAGAAGAGGCCAGACAGCAAUCUCUGUCAACUCCCACAACCCCAACUCUGACCCCCACUGGUGGAGCUCGAGGGUUUCAGCCCUCUGAGACCAGUGCAUUCAGCCGACCACCCAGCAGGGCCAGUCUGAAGGCUUGUUCCUCUCCUCUGUCUAGUCAUCCGUCAUCCCUCUCUGCUUCCAUCUCAACACCUCCCCCUACUCGUCCUAAACCUCCUUCCCGCUCCUCCUCACUACAGAAAAUCAGCUCAGGCUACAACAGCCCAGCUCAUUCCUCUCCAUCCCUGUCUGUGAAGGAGCAGAGUUCACCUCUCCCUGUGGCUUCUCCAGGUGUGCAGCUCAAACUGAAAUAUCCCAGCUUGCCUUACACCACCCACAUCUCGCCUUCACACUCGACUGCCGACAGCGCCCCAUCACCAGCCCUUUCCUAUUCUUCCACCGGAUCCAUCUCAGCCUCCUCCAGCCCUGCAAACCCCGAGCUGAACCAGAUGAAACAGGAGAACAAAGGUCAGGCGAUGCACAGCUUAAAAACAUUCUGGGCCAACGCUAGCCAGAAACAUGAGGGGCCCUGCCCAGCCAGCUUGCUCCGGGGCGGGAAUAAGAAAAUGAGUACAGUUCAGAAAGAUGUUCUGGGUUUGCUGAAUCUCUCACCUAGACAUGAGUCUGUCAGGAAAAACGCAGAGGAUCCUGAGAAUCACAACACUGACGACAGACCAAAUGGUCACCAAAAACUGGAGGGUAAACCACCUCCGCCUCCAUCUGCCAGUCUUUCCACAAACUCUAAAGGAGGCAUUAGACUUCCUUCUGGGAACGGCUACAAGUUUCACUCACCUGGACACUUUUUCCCAUCUUCUAAAUGUUGAGAGUCUGGAUGUUUGCCCUGCUGACCCAGGAGCCAGUCGACCAAUCCUCUGGCUCAUUUUCUGUUUGUGUACCACGACUGUCCAUUUUUCAGUGAAACACAAUUUUAGCAACCUCUGCUGAAGUCGAGGAUUAAAAAAAGUACAGUUUCAUACUGAUUUUACAUGUUUCUGUGAAGGGAUGUAAAUGUUUUGAAUGUGAUGACUGUGCCUUCUUCUGGAUAGAGCUGGAAGGACAAAAUAACUGAGAGAAAUGUUGAGUCUCUGGCUUUAAUUAAUGUUUUCAUGACUGACUUGAGAGCAUGUGUCUCGAUGCCUCCGUGUACACUGAAAAGAAAUGUCUUGACUUACAGUCAGUUGACUGAAUGAACCUUUUAUGUCAACCUGAACGCUCGCUAUAUUUGUGUAAGCCGACCUGAAUUGAUUUAUUGUGUAAUCAUUAUUGUUAACAAUGGUUAUUAUUGUCAUUUAUUUGUUAAGUAAACUGUGUUUUCCAGGCAUUAUUACACAUUUUAUAAAGACAAUUAAAAAAAGAGGAAGAAGUAAAGAAAACGUUUUGACAUUUUUUAUGCAGGUUUGGUUAUAUUUGUGAAUGUCAGCAUUGUACUUCUUGCUGUUGAGUGUUUCAUUAACUUUAUAAUGUACAAUUUUACAGCUCUGAUAGACUACUAUUCAGAAUAAUCUCCAUUCUUAAGGAGUUGAAAAAUAAAAAUGUUCUUUUUUUCCUUGC